UCAAGUUCCGGCUUUCCUCUGUCUUUUCCUCCUACUCCUUUUCCUUUUCCCUUUCCUGCAUUAUCUUGCAAAGCCCUAGAUUUGGAAUUUAGGGUUUUGUUUUCUCAAUGUGUUUAUGCAUCAUUUAGGAACUGCCAGCUUACCGGCUUAAGUUGUGUGUGUUGUUGUGAGCCUCUGAUGUUUCUGCAUUUUCCCCCAAGGUCAGCUCUAGUCAUGAGUUUCUAAUGGUGACACUGUUUGAGCUCUGAAAUCUCUUCUCCCCUUUCUUCUCUGGCUUAGAAGUGUCUGUUACGGGGGUUCUAUAGAUAUCUCUCUAAACAAAACCCUCAUGAAACUCUUGAUUUUGGCAUACAUUUGAUAAAAUCUGAGCUUCUUAAUUUAACAUCUGGGGUUGUUGAGUCUGAGAUCCCUUUUGUUUUACUCUUUGCUCUGUGAUUAAAAAUUUAAUUUUCUUAGUGAAAGUGUUAGCUUUUAACAGCAUAAGGUGAAAUCCUGGUAAAAUCCCUGUUUUAUGUCUUCAGCUGCAACUGAGUUCUGGUUCAUAGCUCAAGAAGUUUGAGUCUUCUAGUAGAUUUGGGAGCAUAAGUAGUGUAUUAGUCACAAAUCUUUUAGUGAAUGCAUGGAUGGGAGAGAGGCUAUGGCAUUCUCUGGAGGUCCCCCUUCAUAUUACAUUCAUAGAGGAGGCAUUGCUGGGUCUGUCUCUGGAACACAUUCUGGAGGGUUUCAAGUGCCUCCUGGGUUCAGACCAAACACCAGCAUUCCAGUACAGUCAAAUGUACGAGGUAGCUCUAUGGUUUCUACAGUUACAGUAGAACCUACCAAUUAUAGUCAUAAUCAUGGCAUUAGCAUUAGUUCGUCUCCUGGGGUACCUCCUUCAAGCGAGCGUGUGAAAAAGAAACGAGGAAGGCCCCGUAAAUACCGUCCUGAUGGACCAGUUUCUCUGGGUCUGUCUCCCGUUUCUGCCACUGCAAAUUCUACCCCUGCAUCAAGCACUCCAGCCCAGAAACGAGCUAGAGGGCGCCCACCUGGAAGUGGAAGGAAACAACAAUUAGCUGCGCUAGGUGAAUGGAUGAACAGUUCAGCAGGGAUGGCUUUUUCACCUCAUGUUGUCAUGAUUGGAGCUGGGGAGGACAUCGUAGCAAAGUUACUGUCCAUUUCACAGCAGAGGCCAAGGGCACUGUGCAUCUUGUCAGGAACUGGGACAGUUUCAUCAGUUACUCUGAGGCAGCCUGCUUCUACCGUUGCCAGCAUCACUCUUGAGGGCCGAUUCCAAAUAUUACGCUUGGCUGGUUCUUACCUGGUUGCCGAAGAUGGUGGACACCGCAAUAGAACAGGUGGUGUGAGUGUCUCCCUUUCUAGUCCUGAAGGUCAUGUUAUUGGUGGUGGGGCUGCUGUGCUUGUUGCUGCAAGCCAAGUGCAGGUGGUGGUGUGCAGUUUUAUAUAUGAAGGGUCCAAGACCAAGACUAAGCAAGUGAGUACCUCUCAGGGCGAUGUUUCUGAAGCUGAGCAUGAUAACAAGUUAGCUACUCCAGCAAGUGCUCCGCCAUCUCAAAACUAUAAUCAACCAACAAGAGGCAUUUGGCCAUCUGAUCUAAAAAGUACACACACUGGUAUUGAUUUGAUGCGUGGAUAAAAAUAUUUAGUUUUGAAUAGACAUUGCAGUUUUGUAUAGCGCGUAGAUAUAACUUGUGUGUUGUUUGUAAAUGAACUGGAUUUUCGAGCAUUGUAUGAAGCCAUUGACGAUUGCCAGGCUUGAACUAACAAUUUAUUACUGUAACAGAUCCAUGAUUUUCAGGGUUAA